AGAGCUCUGAGGUUACGCGGUCUCAGGAAGUUACGGGGAUAUACGAGGCUGGAUAUCUAACAGUUGACAGCAGCAGAAAAGCGUUCUGGUUAAUUCAGGAAAGAACGGAUGCACUCGUAUUCGGAUGGUCGCCAUUUCUCCAAAAGAAUAUCAGGAAGCUGGUUUUGGAACAGGAUAUCCCACUUGCCUUUGAUCCUUCCACCACUGUCAGUGGGGAAUCCAGUGGAGUUUUAGAGGUUAUUGGAACAGCCUGUGAAUCCUCAAAGUUCAAUAUUGUAGGCAAAGAUCCUGGCUUCUUCUAUGAUUCAGUUGUUGAAACGCGUAACCUACUGUACAAACGUGUUCCAAGGAUACAGAAUGUGCAGGUGGCGGAGAAAUCAAGCAGAAGUUCACGUGUAACCUGGCAGCAAGAAACAUCUUCUUGUGGCAACAAUGAUCCUGUACUGAUAUUCAAGGGAUCGUCGAACCAACCACUCGAGAUGCAUUUCGUAGAAAAGAAUAAGAAAGAAUUUUAUCUGGAUGAAAUAAGAGGAGAGGAAGGCGAGGAGGGAAAGCUUAUUCUAACCGUUCAACAUGGGAGCUUGUUCGCUUUGCCGACACUAG